UUUGAAUUUUGUCAUUCAGUGGAAUUUCUCAAAUCAUUGUCUAUUUUCAUAUAUUAUCUAUUGACAGUUUCCUUUUAGUAGAUCUUGCGAACUUUUUCACAAAAUGUCCGCUCCUAGAGUCACAAUAGCGCCUAUUUCAGAACCACUCAGAUCACCUCAAGAGAUGCCAAUCCAAACAACUCCAGCUGUAGGCACGCCCAUUUCAAUAACCCCCUUGCCAAUGGCUACGCCAGUUGCGGGGUCACCACAAGAAUUAACGCCUUUGUUGACAACAACAGAUACAGGUAAGAAGAAAAAGAAGAAACUUACCAAAGAAGAACGCAAGGAAUUGAAGAAACAAAAGAAGAUUCUGAAGCAGCAGAGAGAAUUGGAAGAGAAAAAGCAACAGUUCCGGAACUUUUUAGAGCGUGAGCUCAAAUACACCGAAAUUACUUACAAGAGGGCAGCAGCUGAUUGGGAAGCUAUGUGUGCAGCGAUAAAACUGAAGGAGUUGCGGGACGAUAUGACGGAACUGUGGCAGAGUCUUAAUAGAAGUCUGGACAACAAGCAAUAUAAAAUCCAAAUCCUUUUAACUGAGCUCGAUAUUGCGGAGGAGCAAUACCGUCGAAACUUCUCAAAGCACUGCGAUAUCAUUGAUUAUCUCAUAAGACUCUUCAAAGUCCUUGUUGAGAUGACGAAGAAUGCUUAUGAUCAAGAUGCCGCGGACCUGGUAGCUGAGUUUCAAGAGGAUCUAGAGGAAAAGAACGAGAUCCAUGCAGCUCGUAAAAAGUACUACGAGAAUGUGCUGCAUGCCACAAACCUCAUAACGAAGAAUUUGCUGACUAAAAUGGAACAUCGGUAUACCAUCGAUGUCAAUGAGUUAGUGGAUACGCAUGUAGCCAAGCGGCUACAGUACCGCGAUGCAACGGUACGUAAAAUGGAGCAAUUGCACUCGCAUAUAGAAAAAAUCGUGUCCGACCUUCAAAUGGAUGCACUGAAUCCUAAACGAGAACAGCUCUAUAACCAAUGCGUUGAGAGACAGGAGCAAGCUUCAAAGGAUAUGCAGACAUUCCGGGAGUCAUCAAAACGUUUACUAUCAACCCUUUCCAGCUAUCAGAAUGAACUGCUUUCUUCCGAAUCGGAAUCAAAGGCAGAAGUGGUCAGGUUGCGCGGAGAACGAUCCUACUUUGUGGAGCAAUACUGGCGACUGAAGCAGAGUCAUAAACAAAGUACGAAAUCACAUGAUAAUCAUAUUAAGGGUUUGGCCUAUGAAAGCGAUCGAUCAAUGAAGAAUCUGAAGAAGUAUGUGAAGUACGGAGAGCUUAUCCUGGGGCUUGCCACAUGCUGUCGAAAGUUACAGACCGAAAAGGAAAAGGUGACUCCAUGGACAGAAGAGGCGGAAAACCUCCGACUGGAUGCUGGAAAGCAAAACGAGGACGUGCAGGACCAGGUCACCGAUCAAGUUCGCCAAAUGCAAUUAUUCUGGAACCGGGUGGGACAGGCUGAGAUCCAUGUCCUUUGCUUACAAGAGGAAAAGCAAGCUCUCGAAAAGCAAAAUGAGAAUUUCCGAGAAAUCAUCAAAUCCUACGGAGAAGCGCAAUCUUACAACCGAGUCAUGUGCUCGCUUCAGAUCUCACCAUAUCCAACGUCUACCAUCCCCAUCCAGGAAGCUUCUCAAAUGCCGCAACUGAAAAAACCUUAAAAUAUCUUGUAACAAACUAAGAUCCCUCAA